UCAACCUCACUACUCUGACCAGACCUUUGGAGAGAGACAACGGACACGGAGCUACUUUACUGACAGUCAACAAUGGACGUGCACAGAGUAUCUAACCACAACCAAAUGGAUUACAACUUGGACAGCAUGGAGCCCAACAACAAAAACGGGAAAAUGUGGCCUUGCCAGGAGGACCGCAUCGACAGCGGCCUGGACUCCCUGAAGGAGGACGAGCUGGUGAGCGACUUUGAGGACAUGAACGUGAACGCGAGCAGCGAAGACAUCAGGACACAGGAAUACGAGCCUUGGAGAGCUGCGGUCACGGAGGAUGGUGACACGCUUCUUCACUUGGCCAUCAUUCACGAAGCCACAGAACAUGCCUUCCAGAUGAUCAAACUUUCACACAAUCACCCCUUCCUCAACGCACAGAACCACCAGAGACAGACUGCCCUCCACCUGGCGGUGAUCACAGAGCAGCCCCAGUUGGUGGAACGGCUCCUGAAGGCCGGUGGCGACCCGCGUCUGGCCGACGACAGCGGCAACACGGCGCUCCACAUCGCCUGCAAGAGGGGCUCCCUCGCCUGCUUCGGCGUCAUCACCCAGAACUCCCAGCGCCACAUCACCUCCAUGGUGACCUUCCCCAACUACAGUGGACACAACUGUCUCCACUUGGCAUCCAUCAACGGCUACAUUUCGUUGGUCGAGAGCCUUGUUCGGCUGGGCGCUGACAUCAAUGCACAGGAACAGUGCAGCGGGCGAACAUCACUCCACCUCGCCGUGGAUCUCCAGAACGCCGCCUUAGUGCGCCGCCUCCUAGAACUCGGCGCCGACGUCAACUGCUCGAACUACGGCGGCUUCACGGCGUACCACCUCACGUACGGCCGCCAGAACGAAGAGAUCCGCUGCCAGCUGUACGAGAAGACGGCGCAGGAGCUGAGGGAGCUGCCCGAAAGCGAGUCGGAUGAGAGCGAUAUGGAGGAUCUGGACUCGUCGGAAGAUGAGUUGUACGAUGACAUAAAGUUUGGAAAGUAAACGGAAGCAACCCCUCUACCGGUGGUGUGAACGACAGUGAAGCUGCUACUGGGUUGCCCAGCCACGGCCCCCCCCCACGACGCGGGACACACAAGUCCCCCGUCCAGGUCCAGGUCCACAGGUGCUGGUCCAGGGAUCACAAGUACACAGAUGAAGACGGCGUCCAAGUCUGGUCAAGCCCGGUCCGGAUGACAGAACGAUCUGCACCGAAAUACCACAAGACCACGACCUCCAUAUAGUCCUUCUAUAUACUGUAUAAAUAUAUAUUGAUGUGUAUAUACCAGACGUGUGUAAUAUAUUGUAAAUACAGAGAUAUUAUUUUUUGUACCUGUACAUAAUGUUGUGUGAAUUUAAACACUAUAUUAACAAAAAAUUGUUCAGAAUAAAAAGAAGUUUAUAAAUAUAAAA